ACGGAAAAUAGUGCAUCAACUAACACAUGGAUAGCGCGCUCUAGUUGAGUAGUAGUGACAUAUGGACAGCCAGAUAACUCGAAAGUUGACAGACAAUUUGAAUUAUGCGUUCUCCGUGUGAACGUUUCUUUAGAGUUGGUUGAUUCAGCGACACUUUUCUUAUUAACGUAAGAGACUGUCGAAACACGAUACAGCAACAUUGCUAGUUGUAAAAGUUCGUUUUCUUCAAGUGCUUUUAAUCGACAGUACAAACAUAUACUGUAUUAUUUUCCUCUGCGGUUUACCGUUUUCUCUAGCUACUAAACUUUAUUUUACUGACAACCUCAACGGUGUGGUGGUGUGGUACCUUUUAAUUUUGUGGUUUGUAGUUUUUGUACAUGGAUUUCCAGGUACCAGUCAAUCAUAUUUUCUAACAACGGAUGGACUGAAACUUUUUGGAUACAUUUCCAUUGUCAGUUAAACUUAGGCCUACCAGCCUAAAGACAAUCAUUAUUUAGAUUUUGACUAGCUAGCGUGCUAGCUAACUUGCUUUGAAGAGAUGCAAAAGUUCAACACAACCCACACCAACACGCUUCCUAGGGACGCAGAACUUCAGCAGCGCCUGGCAGACAACGGGGGUGCUGGGGAGACAACGAAGGAGAACGGCGCUGGGAAGAAGCAUAUUCUCGCAGAACCUGCGGAAGAAUCCUUCUGCACCAAGCGAAAGAUGCUGGUCGGGUUGGAUGUACUAUGUCUGUUUGUAGCCUCCAUCCCGUUCUUUGCGUGUGAGCUGAAGGCGGUGAUCCCGUACAGGAGGGGCUUCUUCUGUGGAGACUCCAGCAUCACCUACCCCUACCUGGAGAGAGAAGCCAUCCCCGACGUACUGCUCAUCGCCGGGGGCAUCAUCAUCACAGGCCUCACGAUUGCCCUGGGAGAGUGUUACCGAGUGCGUUUCCGUGGCGUCCACUCCAAGGCCUUCGUGCGUAACCUGUACGUGUCGUGUCUCUACAAGGAGCUGGGCAGCUUCCUGUUUGGCUGCUGCAUUGGCCAAUCACUGACCAACAUGGCCAAGCUUAGCAUAGGGCGCUUGCGUCCCAACUUCCUGUCUGUGUGCAACAUUACCUACGCCUCUAUCAACUGCACUCCCGGGAGCUAUGUGUCCCAAGUCACCUGCCAACAGCCCAACCACAAGAUGGUGGAGGAGGCCAGGAAGUCUUUUUUCUCCGGCCAUGCUUCUUUUGCCAUGUACACCAUGCUCUACCUGGCUUUCUACCUGCAGGCGCGGCUGUCGUGGCGAGGGGCUCGCCUGCUGCGCCCGCUGGUGCAGUUCCUGCUGGUGAUGAUCGCCAUCUAUACGGGCCUGAGCCGCAUCUCCGACUACCGCCACCACCCCACCGACGUGCUCACCGGCUUCGUCCAGGGAGGCCUCACGGCCUACUGGGUGGCCUUCUACAUCUCCUCCAUGUUUAAGACGGUCUGUCCAGACCUGUCUCCCGCCAGCAUGUCCCUGGAGAGCCCCCUGUCCAGCCAGCAAACUGUCUGCUAGCACACACACACACACACACACACCCUACCGGCAUCCCCAAGCUGGGAUUCACAGUCAGAGAGAGAGAGAGAGAGAGAGAGAGAGAGAGAGAGAGACAGCGAGAGAGAAUAGGAAAGUCGGGACACAGAUGACCAGCGGAUGGAAAGGCAAGGGGAGGAGAUAAAGAAACAUGUGAACGAGUGCAAGGGGAACAAGUCAGAGCAGGAGGGGGAGGAGGAGGAGGAGGAGGAGGUGAAGAGGGGGAAGAUGGUAGAUAGAGCACAAUCUAGCACACUCGUACUCGUGACGAGCACAAGCGAUUCCCACAAACACGCGUUCAGUACGUGCAUGCAUUCAGUAGCAAGCGUCACUAACACUCACUAGCAGCUAACCUGCUCGCUCUCUCUUUCUCUCUCACACACACACACACGCACACACAGUUAAGCACACACAGUUAAGCACACGACUGUAAAUCAAUCCCGUCCAGACAGGAUACAUGCAUACCAUAUUGCAGAUAUUUUUAUAUAUGAAAAACAAAUGUAUCUAUUUUUCAAAUGGAGUUUAGAUGAAGCUGCUAAUGAUUUUAUCCCUGUUAUUAGUUGAAUAUAGUUGAAAUAUAGUUCUUUAUAUAAACAUUGAGGGGUGAAGCAGUUAGCUCAGUGUCAGAGCUCCUCAUUGGUCUAACUGUGGACUCGCAUGAGGAGAGGCAACGCCGUGACCUCUUCCGAUUGGAUCAUCUGCUCAACCAUGAGUAUCGAACAGCAUCCGCUGGACUCUCUGAAAUGUGAUCUUCGGACCCGCGGCAGAAAGACGACCGACCGCAAGCACGUCUAAGCUGGCACCAACCGAGGAAUGUAUAAACCGAACUUUAUACCUUUUCCCUUGCACCGAUCACGAACAAGCACUGUCUCCACUUUCCCUCCGUCGGUCGCCAGCCCCGCGUCUGCACGCAGAGCCUAUCCUGCACACCCCGCCGUGGACAGGGAAGCAGUAAGUAGGCCUUGUGUUCCCCCCCCCCCCCCCACCCCUGGCUUCUCUCAGGAGGGACAGGGUGGAAUCUGGUAGCCCAGAUUGCCCCCCCCCCGUCUUACUCUUCUACCCUACUAACCACUUUUGACUGCGUCUCGGAGGCGGAGCCAUGACUGAACCCCUGUAACCCCUGACCUCCGGCCUCUGAGCUGCACCUUGAGUUAUGCCACUCCCACAGGGGGCCAAGAUGGCCGCCAGCCCCUGGAGCCCUCUGUGGAUUCUCUCUCAAUAGCACUUGAAAUACGUAGUGGAAGCUUAUAAUUGUAAUCAAUAUUAUAUAUUUUAUCUCAAGUUUGAAUAAUCAGUGUUUAUAUUCUCUAUUGCCAGACUUAUACAGUAUAUUAGUUCUUUUUUUUCCCAAAUGAUAAUUAAUCAAAUUGAAUGUACAUAGUAAUGUCCUUUUAUAAACCACACAGAUUUUCAGAAGUAUUAGUGUCAUUGUGGGCAGUUUUACAUGUUUCGAUGUGUUUGUGUUGAUCAGGUACGCUGUGUGUGUUGUCGUAAGGACUAGACUGAGCCAGAGAUAUUAUCACAAAGCUAUAUUUCUUGUUUCCAGUUCUACAUUGUUUUGUUUGUAUGUUUCUUCUGUGAAUGCCGUGAAGGCUAAAAUAACCACUGUACUCAAAAAACCAAACCAAUAAAAUGAAUGUUGAAUCUU